UCGGAUUGGGUCUUGUAGUUCAGGCAUACAAGUAGUGAAAUUGUGAGGGAAGGGAAAAGGUGAGAAUUGAGAAUGGCAGCGGAGGAAGACGACGGAGAGUUCUACCUCUGGACUCCGGUACUACGUCGGGCACAAGGGAAAGUUCGAGUACGAGUUCCUGGAGUUCGAGUUCAGGCAAGAUGGCUAGCUCCACUACGUUAACAACUCCAACUACAGAAAUGACACCAUGAAUCCAUGAUCCGCAAGGAAGUCUUCCGUCACAACCGCCGUCCUCACGUCAUGCCGCCACAUCAUCGCCGGGAGCGAGAUUGUGAAGUAAGAUGAUAAUUUUUGGCCGGAACUUAACCCCAUUGGGCGGCAGGAGCUGGAAAUUAUGAUGGGAAACUUGUAUAUAUCGUUCAUUUCUUCAAAGAUUGUCUCUCUUGUUGAUGUGAAUGGCGGACUUGAAGUGUUUUGUCUUCUCUCUCAUCUAACUCCACUUAAAAAUGAAGCCAAUUUAAAUGGUGAGAGUGUUGCCCUUUCUGACUUGGUUCUUUUUGCUUGUAGAAUUCCCCUCUUAACUUAGCUUCUGUCGUCAUUGGGGUAUGUUUCUGGUUGUAUAUGUCAGUAGUUGGUCGAAGGAUUCAGGAACUUUGGGUGUGAAAAUGCAUAUAU